UCUAUGCAACAGCUUGUGUAUGCUUCCUGAAAAUUUAUGUCGACUACCAAAUCUUAGCAAACUAGACUUGUAUGAUAAUUAUCUUUAUGAAGCACCAGAUGAAAUAGAAAAGCUACUGGAAAUAGACCUGGCACAAAAUUAUUUUGAUGAGCCAGAUAGUGUUGAUUAUAUAAAUAAAAAAGGAAAAAUCAGAUUUAGCCAACUCGAAAGAUAUGAUGGAAGAAAAUUAGAAGUAACAAAAGCAGAAAGUGAAUAUUCUAAAGAUGAGACUGAUGAUGAACUUUUGUUCAGCGAAAAAAGUGAAGAAAAAGAAGCUAAUAACAGACCACUCAGUUCUCCUGAGGAUUGGGACUCAGAUGAAUACUGGAUUCCACAUUUCUCACGUCAGUCAAAUGUACCACAAUCAACAUGGCUUUACUUUGUCAAGCAGAAAAUGAAAGAAGGCAACUUCUGUCCCAUGGAUGUCCACCCCAUACCUAUAGCUGAUAAAGUUAAAUAUGAAAAACUGUGCCAUCCUCGAACUGAAUAUGAAUCAGAUGGACAAUUUGAUGAUUAUUCUGGUGAUGAUAGUUGAUAUAUAUAUUUUUUUCUUACUAGAUAAUUUUUCGAAUCCUAACUAAUGACUAAAUCAAACAAGUAAUUUAUAAUAUUAUUGUACUAUAAUUUACACACUAGCAAUAAUAAUAGACUGACUACCUCAUUUAUUUGUGUAUGA